UUAUGAGUGGAGCUAUGAUAUUCAUUAAAGAAGAAUUGAAUAUCGAUGAUGUUAAAGUGGAAGUUCUAGCGGGGAUUUUGAACCUGUGUGCCUUGGUGGGAUCGUUGAUGGCUGGAAGAACCUCCGACAUCAUUGGACGCCGGUAUACGAUCGUUUCAGCGUCGGUGAUCUUCAUGGUGGGCGCUAUUCUGAUGGGGUAUGGUCCAAAUUACGCAGUCUUGAUGAUCGGAAGGUGCAUCACCGGCAUUGGAGUGGGGUUUGCGUUGAUGAUUGCCCCUGUUUACUCUGCUGAAAUUGCAUCGCCGUCAUAUAGAGGAUUUCUCACUUCUUUACCGGAGUUUUGCAUCAGCUUCGGUAUCUUAACGGGGUAUGUUUCGAAUUACUGCUUCGGGAAAAUGGCGGUGAAGAUCGGCUGGAGAAUGAUGCUCGGAAUUGCGGCGAUUCCGUCGCUUGUUUUAGCUCUCGGAAUCUUGAAAAUGCCGGAAUCUCCACGGUGGUUGGUGAUGCAGGGACGGCUGAAAGAAGCCAGAGAUGUUCUAGCGAAAGUGUCGAAUACAGAGGAAGAAGCAGCGAUGCGAUUCAGAGAUAUUAAACUCGCGGUAGGAAUCCCCGAGGAUUGUGAGGAGGACGUUGUGAAAUUGAACAGAGACACUCACGGCGAGGGAGUUUGGAGAGAGCUAUUGAUUACCCCGACGCCGAGCGUGCGGUGGAUUCUGGUGGCGGCGGUUGGUUUGCAUUUCUUCGAACACUCUACGGGCAUUGAAGCAGUCAUUUUGUAUAGCCCUAGAAUCUUCAAGAAAGCCGGAAUCGCCAGCAAGGACAAACUCUUAUUAGCCACCGUCGGCGUCGGAGUGAUCAAAACGUUGUUCAUCCUCGUCGCGACGUUCUUACUCGACAGAGUCGGAAGAAGACGACUGCUAUUCACAAGCACAAUCGGGAUAACGAUUUCGCUCACAUCGUUAGGGUUUGCUUUGACAAUGGUGGAACAUUCAAACGGGGAGUUGUUUUGGGCGUUGAUUCUAAGCAUCUGCUCCGUUUAUAUGUACGUCGCCUUCUUCUCGAUCGGAAUGGCGCCGAUUACCUGGGUUUACAGCACUGAAAUUUUUCCGUUGAAAUUGAGAGCGCAAGGGACGAGCAUCGGAGUUGCGGUGAAUAGAACGAUGAACGCGGUGGUUUCGAUGAGUUUCAUUUCGAUCUACGGGGCGAUUACGAUCGGUGGAACUUUCUUUAUGUUCGCCGGAAUCUCUAUAAUCGCUCUGAUUUUCUUCUAUUUCUUCUUGCCGGAGACGAAAGGGAAGUCGCUGGAAGAGAUUGAAAUGCUGUUCGGCAAAAAUGCAGAGCCGUCGGCGAAGGGAGACGGUCGAGCAAAAGACGACGUGUAGUUUUGAAGCAGUCGGUAGAAAUAAGACAUGUCGGCCACGAAGAAGGAUGAU